AUUUAGGGGAACAGAGUCCAGCGGCGGAACAGAACCAUUCCUGAAAACUGUUCCUGUCCCACUGAACUCUUUACUGGAACACGACAGAGAUGAUUUCCAGAGGUUUUCCACCCCGUUUAGCUGGAAUAUGAAAGAAAGGGAGAAUCAUUGCGUUAGCGUGGAUCGUCCAGCUGAGCUGUGGACGCAUGUGUGUAUUUGUUGUGUGUGAGCAGUGCUGUCAGUGUAAUGGCGGUCCACAUCAUGUCUGCGUCUCUCCUCGCCGUCUGCCUUCUGGGAUGUUUCCUUCAGGUGUUCAGUCAAGGUGACGGGUUUCGUGUGGCUCCUGGGGCGCACGCCGUGUUCCUGCGAUCCAAACGGGCCAACCAGUUCCUCCUGGAGGAGAUCCUGCAGGGGAACCUGGAAAGGGAGUGCUACGAGGAGCUGUGUAACUACGAGGAGGCGCGGGAAGUGUUUGAAGAUGAUGAGCGCACGAAAUCCUUCUGGACCAUCUACUAUGCGCUCCGAGAUGGAAACCAGUGUCUUCCCAACCCUUGCCUGAAUGGGGGAAACUGCACGGAUAAGGUGGGGGGGUUCUUCUGCGCCUGCAGCCCCCCCAACUAUGGACACAUCUGUGAACUGGGUCCAGUUGAAGUUGCAGGGCAGGAACUGCUGAAGCCUCAGUACAAAGCUCCAGCGAUAGCAGAGUGUCCGACCCAAGGCUCCAAUGCAUGCCACCAGCUGUGCACGGCGGACUUCCACUCCUACAAAUGCUCAUGCAUGUCGGGAUUCGAACUACAGAGCGACAUGCGGAGCUGCCAGCCUGAAGUCCAGUUUCCCUGUGGGAGAGUCCAUGACACCAACACUUCCAUCUGUCACCAUGGAAACUGCCACUGGCAGGUGUCCCUGAUCAACAGCAGCCGGGUGGAGCUGUGUGGCGGAGUCGUGCUCGGGGGGCGGUCCAUCCUGACCGCCGCCCGCUGCCUCUUCCUCAACUCAGCAGACGACCUCCGACCCUCACACUUCUCCAUCGUCACAGGUAACGGGAAGGUCUUCCAGGUCCAAGCGCUCUUCCUCCACGAACGUUUCCGUUCAGAUUGCCACGACUUUGACCUCGCCCUGCUGGAGCUGGCCACGCCCAUGACCUUUGGCCCCACACUCUCCCACCUCUGCCUGCCCACCAAGGACUUCAGUGAAAACAUCCUGAUGCAUUCUGGGAGGACGGGAUUGGCCGACAGGAGGGGGCGUGGCCAGAACCAGGAGCUGGUCUACAUGACGCUGGACGAAUGUCGAGGAGAGCUGAACGUCUCGCAGUCGCUGAGCAACAAAAUGUUCUGCAUGAGGAGGAGGAACCAAGGCGGGCAGAGGAGAACCGGACCAUCGGCACGUCCCAAAACCGGACCUCCAGAAAAGCUAAAUGUGACUCAGAAAGCAUCGGCUUUGGACCGGAACCGGACUCAAACUGAAGAUCUUCCCACCAGGUCGUCAAGCAAAGCAGAAAACUCCAAACGUAGCUUAAAGGUGCAACACAAUGCAUCGCCACCAGGUGGCAGCGGGCUGCGCUGCAGCGGUCUGCUGCCGGGGUCGGCGGUCGUCACGGUGGAGAAAGGAACAGCCUUCCUGACGGGGCUGCUGAUGUCUCCGACCGCAGACUGCCGCGGUCAGGUGUUCACCAAGGUGUCCCGCUACCUGAACUGGAUCCGGUCGAGGCUGCAGGCGGAGGAUCACAUGACCCCGCAGGUCAGCGAGUACCCGGAGGUCCGCUGAGCACUCACUGGUUCCGAUUCACUUCGACGUUAAAUUAUUGGACGCUUCAGCGGUUUAGAUGAAAAUGACCUCAUUAAUAUUGGAAAUUUGUCGAGUCUGAUUUAACA